CGCUUGGGAAAAGGUGAACGGCGAGAGUGAGAGUAUCACAGAGAAAGAGAGACAAGAGAAGAGAGAGGAAAGUAGCUGCGAGAGCUACUGAUCAGAGAUAGUUGCAGACAGGGAGGAGAGAUCGACACAGGCUCUCUUUCUCAGUUGGUAGAGCAGAGAGAUUUGCCGAGAGAAGGUGGAUUUGAGGAUUUAUGUCGGCUAGUUUUGAUCUGUUGAUUGGAGCUCCGAAGCAGCUCUGGCUUUUAUCUUCCUCUCAAACUUUUCUGUUCUCAGGCUUUCUUUGCGUUUUCUAUUACUUCUGCCGUUGUUGUUGUUCCUGCAUGCGACUUUGUUUCCGCAAGCAGAGGAAGCAAAAGGGGUCCCUAAAGGUUUCGAUGCGUUUGAGAUCAAAACGGAUUGGUUUUGGAAUCGAAUGCUUUGGGGGUUUUCAUAUAAAGCGGUUUUUAUACAUCUUCUUGUUCUUCAGAGGGGCUCUGACUUGACAUUUGUGAUCUAAGAAAUAUUUUCCUUCUCUGCAAUUCUUUAUUUUCAUACCUUUUUUUACCUAUUUUGUUCCAAGAGAGAUUUCAAAAAAUGCCUGGGCCUCAGAGGCAACUCCUGAAUCAAGACAAGGCCUUCAAACAAGGGAGGAAGAAAUCACUCCCCGCAGAAAGACCGGAGAUAGAAAACAAAACGACGAGAAAGAUCCGUAUUAUCUGCUAUGAUCCUGAUGCGACGGACUGUUCUUCCAGUGAAGAUGAAUCAACGAUAUGUUCUGAUGGAAGGAAUGGUACAGCGGGGCAUAAGCGCCUCGUUCAAGAAAUUCGUGUCCCGAUUUCUCCCUAUGGAUCAUCUGUUCAUGACAUUGAUAGUUCUUCUCAAGACAGUAACUAUGGCGGCAAAAACCCUAGUAGCAGAGUCGCCAAAAACCCUAAUAGAAGAAGGGUUUUGUCGAGGAACCCCAGAUCCAGCUCCAAGUACAGGGGGGUUCGACAGAGGAGAUGGGGCAAAUGGGCUGCUGAGAUCCGUGACCCUUUUCGAGGAGCUCGAGUCUGGUUGGGCACUUUUGAAACUGCAGAAGAAGCUGCGAAGGCUUAUCAAGCUGCCUCAAAGAGGCUUGAGUUGGAGAGUAUUAGUCUCUCACAGAAAACUGAGAAGAGCAAUAAUGGUUCUUCUUCUUCUGCAUUUGGUUCCUCUCUAUCUCAAUCUCAAUCUCAAUCUCAAUCUCAGCCUCAGCCCUGCAUCUCUGAAGACACUGAGAGUCUAUUCUCUCAUUCAUCUCCAUCUUCUGUUCUUGAUAUCUCUACCUCUGCUUCAGAUGUGGUGGACUGUCCAAGCAGUACAACUAAGGAAGAUGAUUCAAGCUCUAAAACAGUUAUGGAGCCACUCCUGCAUCAGCAUCAUUAUCAUCAUCAGCAGCAGCAGGAGGGACAUGGACCUCACUCGGUAAUUUUGAAGGAUUCAUUGCCACCCAUUACAGGGCAAGAGAUGGACCUUGAUUUUGAUUCAUUUCUCAUGAAGGAUUUUGGGCAAGCGUUUUGUGAUUUUGGUGACUUGAAAGAUCUCCCAUUGUUUUGCUUUGAUGAUGGAGCUUCCGACGAACUUCCAAAAGUUGACUUUGAUCUCGACUCCGAGGCACUAGCUUGGAUCGAUGAACAACUGAAUGUAUCUUGCCCUUGAUAAUUUUUAUUAUUAGAUAGAAUAUGGUCUGCCCAUAUAAGUUUUGCAGAUAUAGGACUUUAGUGAGUUUAGUAUAUUUGAUAGAAAUAGCUUUUACUUCUGUUUUUUUUUCCCUUGAACUUCCGGUAUGUGAAAGAGUCUCAAGAACAUGAAGUGAAGUUCUUGAGAUAGUGGUUUUGUGAUCGAGCUUGUGAGUUUGUUUAUUUGUUCAGAGGCAGAAUAUGAGUUUUUAGCAGGGAAGAGUUUCUUUGGGUUUUCAUGUGCUAUUUGAGCCGUCCAAGGUUCAACUCUCCUCAAUAAAUAAUAUUAUAAAUCUUA